AUACAUAACCAAAUGCGAGUUCGCGGCUGCCAAAUACGGCACGAAUCUCGAGUUUCUCUGGCACAACACCAGCCUCCGCGAAACUCUCUAUUCCCGUCUAAUGCUCGUGAAAAAACACGUAAAAACGCAUUUAUUUCUGUAGCGAGCGGCCUCUAAAUUUAGGCCGUAUGGAAACCGAAAGCAAUAGCGAUUUUGGUCGGCUUGUCUGAAUAUAGAUUAGUGUGCGUCGCGCGCGAGUCCCGGCUCGGCGUUGAUAAGCGUGCAUCGGUGCAUCCGACCCCUGGGCGCCCCAUGCUUCCCGAGGGCGCAGAAGUAAUGCGUCGUGCGGCGUGCGGCGACGUGUGUCCUGCGCCGGCGCCGCGACCGAGCAAUAGGUCAUCUGAAAACAAGGAACUUCUUCGUCAGCAAUUACUGUCAGCUAACAAAGACCGUAACGACAAGUCGGAGCCGAAGGUGAAGCAAGUCCGCAACCGGCAGAAGAACCGCUGGAAGCUGAAGUUCCAUCAUCAAGCGCUGCCGCAAGAGUACCUCGACCACUAUGAGCAGAGCCUCCAGAAAACUGCACCCAAGAAGAAAUCCCAAGAGAAGCCGAAGGAUCAAACCGCUGACGUCAAUAUCACCAGUGAGGCAUUUAAACUGUGGGCACAACGCCUCGCUGGGGCUCAGAAUGAAACACUAACCGUCCCUCAAGCCCCAGUCAAUAUGGUAGCAAAACUUAAGGAAGAGAAGAGAAAGAAACCCCCCACUAUCACCCCUAGCAAAAUCAUGACGUACGAAGACUUGCCCUAUAUGGGAGAGAUGACGCUCAACAAUUCUAAGCCACGACGCGGAAGGAAACCGAAAAAAGCAGAUAUUUGCCACUUAAUCUAUGAAAAUUACGGGACAGUUGUACCGGGACAACCACCGCCCCAAGAUAAACUGAAUUCAAACACGUGUCAGCUUAGAAACACAGACACACCCGUCAACACGUCCAAAACUGAUUUACAAAAUAAGAUAAUUUCUAGUUUAUUAGAAAGAAAGCUCUCUCAAGAAAACAAAAGGAGGUUGGAGAAUCCGUCGCCGCCGCGCUUCUGCAGCCCGGACGAGCCCAUGCCCGAAGCGCCGCUGACGGCGGCCGGCCCCUUGCACAGCGACGACGAACCGCUCAACCUGUGUAUCAGAGACUUGCACGACCUGAAAAUACAAAUACAAAAGAAAUUCGGCAACAUUUACACAUCUACGCCGGAAAUAAAGACGGAGAUUGAAGAUUCUGAGCAAGAGAGUGUUAAAAGUGAACAGCCAAACGCCAUAUCUGUGAUCCAGAGGAACACCAACGUCCCGCACACGGCCAGCAGCUCGCCCGAUCUCUCGCAUCAGACGAGGAACAUUUCCCCAACGUUGUCUGAGCCUGCGCAGUCGACUACUAACCUGGAAGACGAUAAAUUCCCUGGAUACGUGUAUUGGCCGAACGCCGGUAUCUACAUGCAUCCUUUGGCUCUGCAAACGCAAUUGUUAUACUAUCAAAGGUUGGCCGCCGCCGGACAGCUACCGCUCACCCAAGAGAAGGAUAAAGUAGCGCCAUCUAGCACCAGCCCCGUGGAAACCGUGUUAGAUGAUAAUAAAAAUAAACUCGUCCUGAAACAGCUCUCGGAGCUUUUAGAUCCAAAAGUUAUCAAACAAGCAGAAGAAACUAAAAGUCCAGAAUCAUCCAAGAAGCGUGCUUCGCCAAACCCAAUUCAGGGACCAGUGAAGAGAAAGCGAUCGGCAAUUUUCAUACCGCCGAUGCCGGUCAAGAAUAAUUCUUCGACGCCAACCACCGAAGUCAGUAUAUGCAAGUUCAAAUUCACUGGAGGCUCCAAGCCGUCGUUACAAGAGAAGAAAAUGCUCUCUGUAGACUCGGGCGGGAAUUUUAGGUAUUACAGUGGAACAGGCAGCAAGGGAAGCAAAGGGUACGAUUACAUUCAAAAGAAUAAUGAAGAACGGAUCACAUCCCUCGACCCCGCGCCAACUCUACCUCUGGCGGACGCUCAGAACGGGUUAGUGUUGAAGGACGAGUUGAACAAGAAAAAGAGAAAGUCGCGUCGGACGCUGCAACGGGAAAAGUUAGAGCAAACCUUUAAGGAAAAGGGGUUUCUGAUACAAACGCAGCAGCUGCAGUCGGCGGAAGGCGCCACGUACUGCAAGUUCAGGCAGCUCAGGAAGUUUACCAGAUAUCUGUUCAGGAGCUGGAAGGAUUAUCUUCCGGGAGAGUUAAACGAGAGACCCGCGGAAAGUGUGGAAUCUCCCCCCACUAAUGAUGGUGUAACGGAGUGGGGAUGAGUGGACAGUUGAUUUAGAUUGAACAAUGAACUCUGAAUAAAACCAAAGACGUCCGCUAAGUUUCGCUAGCGAACGAAUGCAUUUAUAACAAGCGCCUUUAGUGAGAUUAUUGAAAAAUCGUGUUUCCGUCCAAUUCAGAUUUUGCGUGUUGUGUCGUGUAAUUUAUUUAAAUUUUAAAUGACAAGUGUUAUUUAGAUUAAAUUAAGGAGCUGUUUGGUGCUGAUAUAUAUUAAGAAAAUCGAGAUUUCGAUUUAAAAACACAAAUUAUAAUAAUUCAAAUCA